CAACUGUUGCGAUUCCAUCCAAUCAAAAGCUUAUAUGUCGCUACUGCGACAUUACUAUGGGGACGUUCAAGCUCCCGAGUGGAUAAAACCACGAAUGUCAAGUGCAUGGUUAAAUACAUCUUAGUAUAGUUAUCAUUCAACUGUUUCUUAUUUACACCGUGGGUUGGGGUUUUGCGAUUACAUUCGAGAGGUAACGAGCUGGUAUCACGCCAAAUUUCUGAGAAACAAAGUAUAUACCAGCAAAAUACGAGCUGUGACUUCAAUUAAGUCAUUUUUACAAUAAUCUUGCGACGAUUACACGGUGUGACAAUUCCAUAAACGUUAACGGGGGAAAUGGAUAUUGUAAGAUUAGUAACAUCAAAAUUGAAUGUUGAAGACAUAACCAAUGAAAUAGCAUCACCAAGUUGUGGUGCUAUUUCUUUAUUUGUUGGUACAACACGUGAUACAUUUGAAGAUCGCAAGGUGGUUCAACUGGAGUAUGAAGCAUAUGAAGAAAUGGCCCAAAAGUCCAUGAAAAACCUUUGUUGUCAAAUUAGAGAUAAAUGGAGCAUAAAAAAUAUAUCAAUCCAUCACAGGUUGGGGAUCGUUCCUGUCAAGGAGGCCAGUGUGGUUAUUGCUGUUGCUUCACCCCACAGAGCUGAAUCCCUGAAGGCUGUUGAGUUUGCCAUCAAUGAACUGAAAGCUUCUGUCCCAAUAUGGAAGAAAGAGGUGUAUGAAGUGCAUGAUCCAGAAUGGAAAGAAAACAAGGAAUGUUCUUGGAAGAAAUGUUGAAUAUAUAAUUGUGCUACCCAGACAGGAGAAAUUUAUUUCAUACAGAAAAAAAAAAUUGAUGAAGUGUAGUGUAAUAUCCAUUUUCCUGGGUUUAAUGAUCUGUUAUUAUCUAUUUGUGAGUCCAAUUAUCCAGGAUUUGUUUAACAAAAAACAAAUAAUUUUUCUGCAAAUGAAAUUAUGAUAUGUACCAAAUUUAUGGGAAUUAUUUAAUAUAAACAUUGUACAUAAUACUAUUAAUUUUUACACCUAUCAUAUUGAGUCGCUUUGAUUUUGCAUUAACUUCCUUCACUGACAUUACCCUGGAUAGUGGAGAUUAUUCUGAACAGGUUUUUAAGGUCAUUUCAAUCUAAAGCAAAUUUAUGUAGUACAUUAUUGAAAUUAGGGCAUAAUGGCUAGCGGUAUCAUAUAAGAACACAAAUAUUAAAAUACCAAUUCUUCAAGAUUUUUUGAAUUUAUGAAAAGGUCCUCGGUAUAGUAAUUUUCAUGGUACAUACAUUUAUUUUGUUUUAGUUAACUCCUUUUUAAUGAAGACAAUGUCCAAAUUGGUGUUAAAAAAUAAAUAAAAAAAUAAUGUGGGACCAAUUAAUCAACAUGUCAAUGCAAUAUAUUAAGGGCAUUAAAUAAGGAGCUAAACCCUCCAUUAAAAAUUAUAUUUUUCUUCCAUGUUAAGGAGCUUUCUCAAUUUGAGCUUUAAAAAAAAUAUUGAUGAACCCUGUUACCAGCAAUCUUUCUUAUCAAUUGCAUAUUUCUUUAAUUUUUUUGUGUUAAAAGUAAAACAAGUAGCAAAGUACAAAAAGCUGUAGUUUGGGAGUGUAGUUUGUUGACUGAAAUAUGUGAUAAAACAAAUAUGUUUAAUUAUUUCAAGAUUUGAAAAAUGACCAUAUGACCAGACAGUGUUUUAUUUUAUUUGUUCACAACAUUUCAACCUGGGACCACAUAUUCUUCAGGUGUAUACUGAAUAAUGAUUAAAAUAAGAGAAAAUUAAAAGUAAUUAACUAUUAUAAAUUACAUAUUAUUUCAUGUUUAUCAUUAUAUAGGAUGCAUCUGAAGUAAAUCUCAUCCUGAGACUGAAACUCUGUGAACAAAUGAAAUAAAAUAUUGUCUGUUCAUCUAGUUGAUCUUCAAUAUGUGAAAUUAUUUUAAUAGACAUAAAUCUUAUCCUUGUUCCAAAUUGUAUUACACAUUUAAUGUGAUGUUAUAAAGAAAUAAUAUUACUUUGAGAAAUAUAUUUGCAAAAACUAAUUUUUGUGAAGGACAAUGGUAGUUUUGUGUAAUUAAAUAUAUAUGAAUUGUUAUACUUAUGAAGUGCAGCUAUAUUGUUUUAGUUUUCUCAAAAUAAAAACUUUAUGAUGUUAUAAGAA